AUGAUGAAAAAACUUGAUUAUGUUAAUUUACCCGGCAUUGUUAAUGAUCAACCGGAUUGUUUUGAAACACCUGAUUAUCCAGUAAAUGAACAAUUUCAUGAAGUUGGACAUGAUCAUUCAGAUGCUGUUAAUCAAUUUGAUAUUAAUGCAAAAGAAGUUCAUGAUUCAUUAAAUGGAAAAUAUCUUAAUGGAAAAGUAGCGGAUUUUUCUGAUAGCUCAAUUAAAGCUCGUGGUUAUGUUCAACAUGGCAUUUAUCAAAAUUAUGCUGAACAUGAAACUGAAACUCCGAUCGAACGUUACAAACGUUUAAUGGCUGAAUUACAAGAAUUAGAAGAAGAAUUUAAUCGAGCAUCAAAAGAAGGUUUAAGUAAAGAAGAAAGUGAAAAUUUAAGUACUCUUAUUCAGCAUAUCCAACAAUUACAAGAACAUACAUCUAAAGUUUAUGGAGCUAAAUUUCUUUUAAGUGGACGUGAUACAAGUUCAUUACUUACAAAAUUAGCAGCAUCGAAACAAGAAGCAAAACAAACAAACGCAGGACAAAAGAAUUCUGAUACAUUUAAAUUAUAUAUUAAUCCUGCGACAGUUGCAAGUUCAUCCACGUCAACUUUUCAACUUUCGGAAAUCGAACAAAAAAUAUCGAAACUUGAAAAUUUAGUUGGCCUUAAUGAACAACAACCAAUUGAAUCGAAAUCUUUAUUAAGUUCACUUGAACAAUUAACAACUCGUAUUAAUUUACUUGAUGGAACAAAUGUUGAUCAUAUUGAUAUGAAAUUAGCAAAUGUUCUUUCACGUUUAAAUGCAAUUAAUGAUAAAAAAACACUUGUUGACGAACAAGAUAAACAAAGCAAAGCUGUAGAAUUAUUCGAUAUGAUGUCACGAUGGGAAUCAAUGGCAGCAAGCUUACCAAUUAUUCAACAACGUUUAAUAGCUCUUAAUGAACUUUAUCAACAGGCUUUUCAAUUCAGCACAGCACUUUCACAUUAUGAAGCUGAACAACAAGCAUUAAAAACUUCACUUGAUGCAAAUGAUCAUCUUUUAAAACAAUUAAAAACAACAUUUGAAUCGAAUCUUGUUUCACUUCAAAGUCAACUUAAUAAUAUCGAUCAAAAAUUAGUUACAAGUGGAAAUCUUAAAAAGAAAUAA